AUGUUUCGUUACUGCAAACCGCUGCCCGACUUUGUCGUGUACGAUGGGCAACAAUGGUUCGAACAAUUACCAAUACAAUCCAGAGUUUCGGUUCCGGAGGGUCAUAACAAAUGCAGCAGCAGCAGCAGGAGGUGGAGGAGGAGGAAGUGGAGCAGGAGGACGGCAGCACGCUGCGACGAAGAGCGGUGGAAUGUUGCCGCAGAUCGCGAUCAAGAGGAAAGAUCGCAACGAACAUACGUCCGUUGUCAACGGCGGCGGCGGUGGAGGAACGGAGGUCGUCUGCUUCACGUCUUUGGAGGAGUCAAAAUCGCACAGCUCGUAACGUUUGUUGUUGUUGUUUGUUUGCAGGUCGUACUGCUGAAUGGGAAUUGGGAUACGUCGUACAAGAUACCGAACAUCAUCGCCGAGAUGCACCACGUGAACAUCGACGACCUGCAGGCGUACAAAGCCGAGCAUCAGUUUCUGGAGCAGCAUGAUUUCGAGGGGAGAAGGAGGAGCAGCAGCAGCGGAUGCAGCGCCAACAAGCAGAUCAAGAUCGAGAUGAACAACUCCACCACCCUGAUGAACAACGUGCCGAGUCCGAUUGGCUCCGAUUCGGGCAUCGAGAUGGACUGCUGCUCGGACGGAAACCUCUCCUGGCUGCUCAACUACAAAAUCAACGAACUGCCCCCAGUGCCAGGUGAGAAAAGAGAUCAACAGCAGCAACACCAGACGAUGCCUACGAUCAAGAUAUUGGGUGGUCUUCCGGAAAUAAAGAUAAGCGAGCAGCAGUUCGGCGAUGGUCAAAAGAUGCUGUACCAGGAGCCAAAACUACCUUCUUCGUCCAGUCAAACGACGUACAGAUACAGCGGUCCCAAGAAGCCGCCCUUCACCUACACCGAGCUCAUCGAGCACGCAUUGGUGGAAAAGGGCGAGCUCACCGUUUCGGGUAUCUAUCAAUGGAUAUCCGAUCACUUCCCGUUCUACAAGCAGAACGACGACAGAUGGAAGAACUCGGUCAGGCAUAAUCUGUCCAUAAAUCCUCACUUCCGCAAAGGCAGCAAAGCCGUCCACGGGGCAGGGCAUCUGUGGACCAUCGCUCAGAGGGAGGAUCAAAAAACUUGGAACAUUGUAAGCUUUUCACAUUUUACUACUGCUAAAACACUCCGUAUACUCACUUUCGAAUCAAUUUGCAAUUGGAGCAGAAGAAGCAGCGGAUGCAACAGUGAAAUAAUCCACCAUCAGAGACGAAUGCAGCAGCCUCAGAACGUGGAAGUCGAGUACGUGAUUGAUAUGUCCGGAGGUUUGGGUGGAUCCAUGUGUUUUUCUUUCUGUCCUUUUUUUUGCCCGUUCAAAGACUUUUUGUGUCCGCCAGUGAGCAAGGAGCAAGUGGCCGAGGAGUGUGGACUGGGCAACGACUACCUGAUCACCGAUCUCAAUCCCGCAGCGCUAGGUCUGAACCUCUCCGAAGCGGAGAUGAUCAACGGCGCUAACAUCUACGACGACUUGAACUUUCAAUGCUACGAACUGCAGACGGAGUAGUAACAGUAGUAGUCGCAGAUCGCAACAUUCUUUGUAUCGGGUAUGGACGAAAAUACGUAAUAAUUUCGAAUCCGAAAGCGCGAGGAAGGAUCAUUUAUAUAUAUAUAAUGUAUAUUAUAUAAGUAAGAGUGUAUAUCAAUCAAUCAAUGUGUA